AUGAAAAAUGAUCAUAUAAAUGCACAACAGGUUUCUCCAAAUUUAAAGCACCAACAAACAAAUACAAAUCAAACAGUACCAUUAUCACCACAACAAAUACCAUUUAGUGAACCGUUGAAGGCAGGACAACAACAUGGCAGUUUAUUGAGAAAGAGUUAUUCAAGCAGAUUUCAUGAAAAACCACAAGGUGAAUUAACAAAAAUACCAGGAUUUCAAGAGGUACCACCAGAAGAGAGACCAUCAUUAUUUCUUUUAAAGUUAAAGCAAUGUUGUUAUGUUUACGAUUUCUCAGAAAACAACUAUAUGGUAUCAAAGAGUAUCAAACAAGAGGCAUUGUUGCAAUGUGUACAGUUUUUAAGCACCAACGAUCAACCAUUACAUGAAAGUGUAUAUAAAAUGUUAUUUGAAAUGGUUGCAGUAAAUUUAUUUAGACCACUACCGCCAAGAAUUAACCCUUAUGGUGUAAUGUACGAUCCUGAAGAGGAUGAACCAAUUCUAGAAGCAGCAUGGCCACAUAUUCAAGUUGUAUACGAAGUUUUAUUAAGGUUUAUCGAUUCACCAACUUUUAAUACACAUAUCGCGAAAAAUUAUGUAGAUGACAAGUUUGUUUUACAAAUGUUAGAGUUGUUUGACAGUGAGGACCCCAGAGAGCGUGACUACCUCAAAACUACACUUCAUCGUAUCUAUGGCAAAUUUUUAGGUCUUCGUAGUUUUAUUAGAACAGCAAUUCGUAAUUUAUUUUGUACAUUUGUUUAUGAAUCUCAUCAACACAAUGGUAUUUCUGAAAUUUUAGAAGUUUUGGGUAGCAUUAUUAAUGGUUUUGUUGUUCCUUUAAAAGAUGAACAUAAACAAUUUCUCAUCAAAGUUUUAAUUCCACUACACAAGCCAAAAUCUUAUUCAGUAUAUUGUUCUCAUUUAGGUUAUUGUAUGACACAAUUCAUUGAAAAAGAUCCAUCUCUUGCCGAACCAAUAUUUAAAUCAAUACUCCGUCUUUGGCCAUGUGGAAAUAGUCAAAAAGAGGUAUUAUUCCUCUCAGAAAUGGAGGAUUUGUUAUCAUCUGUAUCAGAAGACCAAUUUUUAAAAUUUAGAACUCAAUUCUUUCGUCAAAUGACCAAAUGCUUCCAAAGUGAACAUUUUCAAGUUGCUGAAAGAGCACUCUAUUUAUUUUCAAAUGAAAAUAUAGUUUUAUUAAUAGCAUCAAAAAAUAACUUUACUCUAGCAUUAGAAACAUUUUAUAAACCAUUAUACGAAAAUUCGAUUGGCCAUUGGAAUAAAUCAAUAAGAAAUUUAUCAAUAAGUUCAUUGAAACUAUUUAUGGAAAUUGACAUUGAUUUAUUUAAUAAGGUUAGUGAAAAAUAUAAAGAAACCAAAAAGAAACAGCAGCAACAGCAACAACAACGUGAAAAAACAAGACAAAAUGUCGAUGUAUCAUUUAAACAAAUUAAUCAAAAAGAAAUUGAAACUAAAUCUGAUAAACCAUCAAUGAUUAGAAGAAAAUCUUUAUUACCAGUUGAUCCCUCAACUAUUGCAGCUCUAUCAAAUCAUCGUUCCUUAGAAGAAAUAAUAAGCAACAAGAAUGAAAAUAGUAAUGAUAACAAUGAUGAUGAAGAGGUUAAAGAAGAUUCACUUCACUAUGUACCCUAUAUAAGCCAAUAAUAAAAUUAUUUAUUUUAUUAUAAUUAAAUAAAUUAAUAAUAAUAAUAAAUAAUAAAAUAAAUAAUAAAUAAUAAUAAUCUAUAAUAUUUAAAUUUUAAUAAAAAAAUACAAACUUUAUUUUUUUUUUAUCAUUCCAAAUUUAUAAAUCUUUUUUCUUAAAAAAAAUAAAAAAAUAAAAAAAUAAAAAAAUAAAAAAAAAAAUAUU